AUGCAUAUCCUGGUUGUGAACGACGACGGACCUCCCUCGCGCCGCCUGUCUCCAUACAUCCAACCGCUGGUCUCCGCCCUCCAAGCCACGGGCCACCUCGUCUCCGUCGCCAUCCCAGCCGCCUCCCGCUCCUGGAUCGGCAAGGCACAUCUCAUCGAAGCCUCCCUGAAAGCCACCUACGUCCCGCCGCAAGCCUUCCACAACGACGGCACCUGGAACGAGACCUACACCCACGCCGGGGCCAAUGACAAUGACACCGAUUCCCCCAAUGGCACAACUACAACCAGCGCAACCACCAGCAACGGCAACCCCAACGACGAAUGGGUGGUAAUCACCAACGGCACGCCCGCCAGCUGCGUGCAACUCGGCCUCUUCAACCUCUUCCCCGAUCGCCCCCCCAUUGACCUGGUCAUCUCCGGCCCCAACCACGGCCGCAACGCCUCCACGAUCUACAACCUCUCGUCCGGCACGGUGGGCGGCGCCCUCGAGGCCGCCACCUGCGGCAAGCGCGGCAUCGCCAUCUCCUUCGGCAGCAAGGAGGAGCAGCCCGCGCUCGUCAUCGCGGCCGCCGCCCGCCUGGCCGUGCGCGUCGUCAACCACCUGAUCGCCCACUGGGACGAGCGCGUCGAGCUCUACAACAUCAACGUCCCCAUGCGCGAGGACGUCGAGUCCCGGCCCGUGCUGUGGACCCGCACCCUCCCCUACUACUGGGCCAACGGGUACCUAUACGCCGAGGCGGACAACUCCACGCAACAAACCCAACAAGUCAACGGAGUCUCGGAGACGCAGCAACGACCCGCAACGACACUCAGGCAACGGGACUUCAAAUGGGGCGCCCAGCUGUUGGAUAUGAAGAAAGCGCUGCAGGCCAGUGAGGAGGGGACGGAUGCGCAUACCGUGCUGAAUGGGAGUACCAGUGUCACCGCCCUUCGCGCGAACUUCUGGCAUGUUCCUGGCUUGGAGGGAACUUUGGAGUUGGAGUGA